AUGGCGGCUAUCCCCAACAUGGCAGGCUGUUCCCAAGAUGGAAGAGGAGCGGUGACACAACGGCCCGCAGCAGCUGGGGAACCUCUGGCUCCUCCUCCAGCGGGAGGGAAAGCGAAAGCAGAAGCCGGCGGCCGCGGGAGGGAAGGGGGCAGGGAGAGGCGUCCCGCCGGGAGCUCCGCAGGGCCCGCCGCCGUCCCGCCGCUUCCGCAGGUUCCAAUGGAUUUAUCAAGCUCACUGUAUUCUUUGAAAGACAAUGGCUUUCUUUUGACAACCCCUGACCCUUCUGACACGUCCAAAGAUGAGAUGGAAAGUCUUAAACAAGAACUGGAGAAAUGGAAGGAAAGACUUGAACAAGCUGAGAAAACAAAAGCUGACCUUCAACUUAGCAAAGCAAUUGCUGACGAAGAAUAUAUGAAAAUACUGCAUGAGCUGACAGAGCUAAAUGACGCCCAAGAGGAACUUAAUAAAGAAAGUGCCAUGUCUAAGGCUGCCUAUGAGGAAGAACUUUGUGUGCUAAACCAAGAGAAUGCUGAGCUGAAGAGAGAGAUUGAGAAGCUCAAAGAAGAGCUUGCAGAAUGUUGUUCAGCGCUUUCGCAGGAUGGUAAGAUUAAAAAAAAGGUGGCAGAAAUGAAAGUGGUGUUCACUAACAUGGAAGACACAGAGGGUGACUUUCCAGAUAUGAAUACCCGCUGCGUUUUUUCUGUAACAACAAGAAUCCCAUUCAAACUGAACCAAAACCACGCACUGCUUACCUUGGAAGAUGAAGAAGUUGCCCAGAGACUGACAAAAAUGGGUAAGCAUACUGUGAACCUGGAUGGAACUACAGCAGAUGUGAAAGUGGUGCCUUUAACAGUUGGAAUAGGAAUCAAAUUUGAGCUCCACAUCACAAUUUCUGGAAAGAAGAUCAGUGUUUCAGAAAUCCCUGAGCUACCAAUUCCUGAUGAGUGGAUGAGAGACAAAUUAGAGCUGAAUUUCUACAAAUCCGAACAUGGAGGAGGAGAAGUAGAAAAUAUAAAAUAUGACAAGAGGUCCAGAACAGCUGUUAUUACGUUCACUAGACCUGGAGCAAUGGCCAGCAUUGCGAGAGGUACCAGAUACCCUUUCUAUGUAAAUGGAAGGUGCCAUAGACUUUCUGUGUCCCCAAGCACUGAUGGACACUUGGAAAAGCUUCAGCUCUUUUCUGGUAUUUCUACGAAGACCAUUCUACUGAAAGGAAUUAAAGAGACUGAAGAUGAUGAGGAAAGCGUGCAGGAUAUGAUUGAAAUUCAUUUCCAGAAGCCUAGUAACGGUGGUGGGGAAACAGAGAAUAUCAAAUAUGUAUCAAAAGGAGCUACGUGGGUUUGUUUUGAAGAGGACGGUUAGAAUGCCAUACAGAAAAUUGUAGAUCUCUCUCAGAAGUUCUGAGCUUUUGCUUCAUCAGAGGGAUAAAUUACACCAGUGGUUCUUGUUUAGUUGUGCCUUAAUGUUUAGAAAUUGAAAAAGAGGAACUACCUUUCUGAUCUGUUUAAUGGCAUAAACCUUGAACAGAAAUUCACUAAAACUUAAUGCUUUGUGUCCCAGGUGUUCCUGAUGAAAGUCAUGGAGAAAGCCUUCACCUGCACAUGUAACUCAAUCUAAGAUCACUUCUUGCAAGUUCACAGACUUUGUAUCUUGUCCAUUUUAUAUGGAUUUAUCCCACUUUAACCUAUUCCAUCUUAAAUUUUUGUUACAGAAGCCAUUCAUAACCCAGUGUAAGGCAUCUUCACAGACCCACAGUUCUGGGGGCUUUGUUGGUGUGCGCCAACAUAACUCAAAUACUUGAAAGCCACUAUCACGUAAUUGCAUAAGAUGUACAUGAUUGAAUUGGUGAUAAAGCUACAACAGUAGUGGUAUGUACUUAUAUCCAACACAUACAUGCUGGCUGUGGAAAAAUACCACAGAUUUCCUUAUGAACUUGCAACCUGUGAGAAAAGACACAUCACUGAUACUGCUUUUAGCUGUCACGAUGCUGGUAUGUCCUUGGUGCUUCCUCUACAAUCUGAUCCAAAUGCUGCUGAGCUUCUGAUGAGUUAACAGCCUGGUAUAUUGUUUUUAAUACUUUAUUCCUACCGUGGCAUUUUUGUUUCUUUGUUUUUCCAACGUAACAUCUUACAGUUGUGAAAUCAGGUGGUUGUUUCAAACCAGUUGCUUUGGAGCAGAGCUGGAGGAGCAACGUGAUGGUGCACACAUGGCCUGAGGCAUUUAUGUAUUUAUUUAGAGGCAGCUGUGGGAGGGCAGGUGUUAGGGGUGGCAUUUGGAAAAAGGCACAGAGUGUUCAGGGGAAGAUAUUUUUGUCUGCCUCUUAACUUCCCCUUUUGUUUCCAGUUCUGACUCUGAAAGAGCUUUGAAAUAAAACUGAAGUGUAAAAGCUGA